CGCGCGUCACGGCGCCCGCCCCCGCCCCGCCCCGUCCCGCCGGGCCUUUUAAUGGCGCGGGCUCCGGGGCGGCCACGCGCAGCGGACGAACCCCAGCCCCGAUGUCGGCGCCCCGAGCCUCCAACGACCGGCCCCCGGGCGCGGGCGGCGUCAAGCGGGGUCGGCUGCAGCAGGAGGCGGCGGCCAGCGGCGCCCGCGUGACCGUGGUGCUGGGUGCGCAGUGGGGGGACGAGGGCAAAGGCAAAGUGGUGGACCUGCUGGCCACGGACGCAGACAUCGUCAGCCGCUGCCAGGGCGGCAACAAUGCUGGCCACACCGUGGUGGUGGACGGCAAGGAGUACGACUUCCACCUGCUGCCGAGCGGCAUCAUCAACCCCAAGGCUGUGUCAUUCAUUGGCAAUGGGGUGGUGGUCCACCUCCCAGACCUGUUCGAGGAAGCAGAGAAGAACGAGAAGAAAGGCCUGAAGGACUGGGAGAGAAGACUGAUCAUCUCAGACCGGGCCCACCUUGGUAACCUCUCCCCUGCUAACCCUCUGUCCUCUGCUUCUCUCCCGGCCCUGGUGCCCCGCCUGCCCACAGUGUUUGAUUUUCACCAGGCAGUGGACGGUCUACAGGAAGUACAGCGCCAGGCACAGGAGGGCAAGAACAUUGGCACCACCAAGAAGGGCAUCGGCCCCACAUAUUCCUCCAAGGCAGCUCGGACCGGCCUGCGCAUCUGUGACCUCCUGGCAGACUUUGAAGAGUUUUCUAGCAGGUUCAAGAACCUGGCAGCCCAGCACCAGUCCAUGUUCCCAACCCUGGAAAUAGAUGUGGAAGGCCAGCUGAGACGGCUCAAGGGCUUGGCCGAGCGUGUCCGCCCCAUGGUCCGUGAUGGGGUCUACUUCAUGUACGAGGCCCUCCACGGGCCACCCAAGAAGAUUCUGGUGGAAGGCGCCAACGCAGCUCUGCUGGAUAUCGACUUUGGGACCUACCCCUUCGUGACCUCCUCCAACUGCACGGUGGGUGGUGUGUGCACUGGUCUGGGCAUCCCGCCCCAGAACAUCGGUGAUGUGUAUGGCGUGGUCAAAGCCUACACCACCCGUGUGGGCAUCGGGGCUUUCCCCACCGAGCAGACGAACGAGACCGGGGACUUGCUGCAGACCCGCGGCCACGAGUGGGGGGUGACCACAGGCAGGAAGAGGCGCUGCGGCUGGCUGGACCUUGUGAUCCUGAGAUACGCCCACAUGGUCAACGGGUUCACUGCGCUGGCCUUGACCAAAUUGGACAUCCUGGACACCCUGGGCGAGAUCAAAGUUGGUGUUGCCUACAAGCUCAACGGGAAGAGGAUCCCAUACUUCCCAGCCAACCAGGAGACACUUCAAAAGGUGGAGGUUGAGUAUGAGACGCUGCCAGGCUGGAAGACAGACACCACAGGAGCCAGGAGAUGGGAGGACCUGCCCCCCCAGGCCCAGAACUAUGUGCGGUUCGUGGAGAACCAUGUGGGAGUGGCAGUCAAGUGGGUCGGCGUUGGCAAGUCCCGGGAGUCCAUAAUCCAGCUGUUCUAGCUAAGCCUGCAUCAGAGCCCUGAGGCCAGCCCUGCAUCCCCCGGGAGCCCCGAGGCCAGCUGC